UGUGAGCAAAACAUAUAGAGGCAAAAUGGAUUUCCUUUCAAACUAAUCCUCAAGCAAUCACAAUGAAUUUUCUCUUCUUUUAUGUACUCAUCUCCCUUGUUCUUAUUAAUGUCUACCAAGAUGAAGCUACAACUAUAGACAACCAAGUUAUAUCUGUUGGGGCAAUCAUUGAUGUGAAUUCUCGCAUUGGGAAAGAACAGCAAAUAGCCAUGGACAUUGCAGCUCGAAGUUACAAUAGCACUUCAAAGACAUACAAGUUGGCUCUAUAUUUUCGGAACUCCGCCGAGAAUCCUCUUAAAGCCAUCACUCUUGCUGAAGAGAUGAUUGAUAAGCAAAAGGUGGAAGUGAUUAUCGGGAUGCACAGAUGGUCAGAAGCAGCUCUAGUGGCUGAAAUAGGAAGCCAAGCUCAAGUUCCUAUUAUAGCAUUUGCAGAACCCACCGUUACCCCGCCGUUGAUGAGUAAUAGGUGGCCUUUUCUGGUGAGAAUGACUAGGAGCGAUUUAUCAUAUAUCAAAUGCAUUGUAGAUAUAGUGAAAGCUUUUGGUUGGCAGAGAGUAGUUGCUAUCUAUGAAGAUGAUACAUAUGGAGGUGACUAUGGCAUGCUAGCACUGCUAUCUGAGGCUCUCCGGGAUGUGAGUUCAUCGAUUGAUUAUCACUUAGUUCUUCCACCUAUUUCUUCUCUGCAUGAACCAGGAGGGUUUAUACGUGAAAAACUGUUGAAGUUGUUGCAAACCCAAUCUCGCGUUUUCAUUGUGCUGCGAUCUUCAUUAGAAAUGGCUAUCCAUUUGUUUAAAGAAGCCUCAAAAAUGGGAUUCGUGGACAAAGAAUCAGCAUGGAUACUUCCAGAGAGCAUAACAAAUGUGCUGGACUCUGUCAACAAGUCUGCUAUUUCCUAUAUGGAUGGAGCUUUAGGAAUCAAAACGUACUACUCCGAAAUAAGCACUGAGUACCAAGAUUUUGAGGCUGAAUUCCGGAGAACAUUUUGGUCCAAGAAUGUCGAGGAAGAUAACCGCUACCCCGGAUUUUAUGCAUUGCAAGCAUAUGAUAGCAUUAAAAUUGUGACCCAAGCAGUAGACAGAAUGACCAGUAGAAACACUAGGAGCUCAAAGAGUUUACUUGGAGAAAUACUGCGUAGCAGUUUUCUUGGUUUAAGCGGUCGUAUUCAAUUCGAAGAUGGGAAACUCCAGCAGACUUCUAUUUUAAGGAUGGUAAAUGUGGCCGGGAAGAGUUACAAGGAACUUUGCUUUUGGAGUGAACAAUAUGGCUUCACCAAAAACCUCCCUACAGGAAAAGGUGGACAUUCUAGCGCUGGUAAUACAGAAUGUUUCAGUGCUGUUCGGUGGCCUGGCAAUCUGAAAAGCGAUCCAAAAGGCUGGAAUAUGCCUACUAAACAAAAUCCUAUGAAAAUUGCAGUUCGAAACAGAACCUCUUUUUCCAAGUUUGUCAAGGUUGAUUAUGAUUAUGAGGGCAAUCCUGCAAUAUAUAGUGGAUUUUGUAUCGAUAUUUUUAAGGGUGUGCUCGACCUUUUGGGGUAUGACUUGCCAUACGAUUAUUAUCCUAUUGAUGGAACCUAUAAUGAUUUGGUUCAGCUUGUCUAUAACAAGAGUUAUGAUGCCGUAGUUGGGGACAUGACCAUACUAGAAGAAAGAAUGCAGUAUGUGGAUUUUACAGUGCCAUAUGCAGAAUCAGGAUUGACAAUGGUAGUUCCAUCAAAGUCUAAAGAAUCGGCAUGGAUGUUCACAAAGCCCUUUACCUGGGAAAUGUGGAUGGUUACGGGUGCCAUCUUGAUUUACACAAUGUUAGCAGUUUGGUACCUUGAGAAGGAAUCCAAUCCCGAGUUUCAUGGCAAUUGGGGCAGCCAAAUCAGCACAGCUCUUUGGUUUACCUUCUCCUCUUUGUUUUUCGCUCACAGGGAAAAAAUGCAGAGCAACUUAACUCGCAUCGUGAUGGUCUCAUGGCUCUUGCUAGUUCUGAUCCUUAACUCAUCCUACACUGCUAACCUUUCUUCAAUGCUCACGGUUAAACAACUGGAAUUGAAUGUCCCAAAUAUUCAGUUCUUGAAGAGGAACAACAAGACAAUUGGUUGCGAUGGUGACUCAUUUGUUAGGUCGUUCUUAGAGAAAGUAGAAGGGUUCCCACCUGGGAACAUAAAAAAUAUCACUGAUGAAUACACGUAUGAUGAUUUUUUUCAAAAUAGCAGCAUAGCAGCUGCCUUUCUUGAACUCCCAUACGAAAAGGUAUUCAUCACUGAAUACUGUAACAAAUACACCGGCUCCACUCCCAGAACCAGAUUUGGAGGACUGGGCUUUAUGUUCCAGAAAGGGUCGCCAGUGGCCAGAGACGUGUCAAAAGCUAUAUUACAUAUGUCAGAGAAUGCAGAGCUGAAGAGGUUGGAGGAGAAGUGGUUGAUUAGCUCCGGCAAGUGCUCCAACACGACCUCCGACGCCAACAAUACGGAUAGUUUGAAGCUGAGAAGUUUAUGGAUUUUAUAUGUCAUCUCUGGUGCUACUUCCACCAUUUGUCUGCUACUAUCAACCAUCCAAUCUCUGGUAAAAUCCUGUCAGCAACGCCAACGCGUGGCACCAGAAGGCAAUGACACCCCAAAUUAUCAAAAUGCGUGGGAAAAGGUGAUUGCACAUGUAAAACAGAUUUACAACAAAAAGAUCAAUAAUUCAAGAGAGACACGGACACAGGUUAUUACUGAUUUUCUUCCAGUGUCUGAAAUUUCAAUGCUCCCUUCUCCAUCACCAGGGUCACACAUGACAACACAGACAUAGGAAUCACCAACACUUCAAAGUAGUUGCUUUUUCUUUUACUUUUAAACAUUUUCUGU